CUGACUGACACAAGUUGGACGAACCAGUGAGCUGCAGCAAGUGGACCAGAGGGAGGGCAGGCGGAAGAAGAGGAGCGAAAAAAAAGCACAGAAAUAGUGAGGGAAGCGAAGAAAGAGAGGGAGGUUGUAAAGUCCAAACUCCCUGCCGUCGACUGGAAGAGAAGUUUGACUGACGGAGCCUCCUGGUUGCUGCUCGCCAUCUUUUGACCUGCUGCUCUUCACAAAGCAGAAACUGCCAACAUGUCAGCUGCAGACAAAUUUCUAUACGUGGACCGUAAUCUGGUCAACAACCCGCUGGCGCAGGCCGAUUGGGCUACCAAGAAGCUGGUAUGGGUUCCAUCAGAUCGCCUGGGUUUCGAGGCCGGCACCGUGAAAGAGGAGCGAGGAGAGGAGUGUGUGGUCGAGUUGGCAGACUCUGGCAAGAAGGUCAGAGUGAACAAGGAUGACAUCCAGAAGAUGAAUCCCCCAAAGUUCAGCAAGGUGGAGGACAUGGCGGAGCUCACCUGCCUGAACGAGGCCUCAGUGCUGCACAACCUGAAGGAGAGAUACUACUCUGGACUCAUCUAUACAUACUCUGGCCUCUUCUGCGUCGUCAUCAACCCCUACAAGAACCUGCCCAUCUACUCAGAGGAGAUAGUUGAAAUGUACAAGGGCAAGAAAAGACACGAGAUGCCUCCUCACAUCUACGCCAUCACUGACACAUCGUACAGAAGCAUGAUGCAAGAUCGUGAAGACCAGUCCAUCCUGUGCACAGGUGAGUCUGGUGCUGGAAAGACAGAGAACACCAAGAAGGUGAUCCAGUAUCUGGCUCAUGUUGCCUCCUCUCACAAGACCAAGAAGGAUCAGAACAGCUCGGUCCUGUCACAUGGGGAGCUGGAGAAGCAGCUGCUGCAGGCCAACCCCAUCCUUGAGGCUUUUGGAAAUGCCAAAACAGUCAAGAAUGACAACUCGUCUCGAUUUGGCAAAUUCAUCAGGAUCAACUUCGAUGUCAACGGUUACAUUGUCGGUGCAAAUAUUGAAACUUACUUGUUGGAGAAAUCCAGAGCCAUCCGCCAGGCCAAAGAUGAACGCACCUUCCACAUCUUCUACUACCUGCUCACAGGAGCUGGAGACAAGCUGCGCUCUGACCUUCUGCUUGAAAACUACAACAACUACCGUUUCCUCUCCAACGGGAACCUCACCAUCCCUGGACAGCAGGACAAAGACUUGUUUGCAGAGACUAUCGAUGCCUUUCGAAUCAUGAGCAUCCCAGAGGAUGAGCAGAUUGGAAUGCUGAAAGUUGUGGCCUCAGUACUGCAGCUGGGGAACAUGAACUUCAAGAAGGAGCGCCACACUGACCAAGCCUCCAUGCCUGACAACACCGCGGCGCAGAAGGUGUGCCACCUCAUGGGCAUGAAUGUCACCGACUUCACCAGGGCCAUCCUCUCUCCCAGGAUCAAGGUCGGCCGGGACUAUGUCCAAAAAGCCCAGACUCAGGAGCAGGCCGAAUUUGCCGUGGAAGCCCUGGCCAAGGCCACUUACGAGAGGAUGUUCCGCUGGCUUGUCAUGAGGAUCAACAAAGCUCUGGACAAGACCAAGAGACAGGGCGCCUCCUUCAUCGGCAUCCUUGACAUCGCUGGCUUUGAGAUCUUUGAGCUGAACUCUUUCGAACAACUGUGCAUCAACUAUACCAACGAGAAGCUGCAGCAGCUGUUCAACCACACCAUGUUCAUCCUGGAGCAAGAGGAAUACCAGAGGGAGGGGAUCGAGUGGAGCUUCAUUGACUUUGGGCUGGACCUGCAGCCCUGCAUCGACCUCAUCGAGAAGCCGGCCAGUCCUCCUGGUAUUCUGGCUCUUCUGGACGAGGAGUGCUGGUUUCCCAAGGCCACCGACAAGAGCUUUGUGGAGAAGGUUCUCCAGGAGCAGGGCACGCACCCCAAGUUUUUCAAGCCCAAGAAACUGAAGGAUGAGGCCGACUUCUGCAUCAUUCACUACGCUGGCAAGGUGGACUACAAAGCAGAUGAGUGGCUGAUGAAGAACAUGGACCCCUUGAACGACAACGUGGCCUCUCUGCUCAACCAGUCCACUGAUAAGUUUGUCUCCGAGCUGUGGAAGGAUGUGGACCGCAUCGUGGGCCUGGAUAAGGUGUCUGGCAUGUCUGAGAUGCCUGGUGCUUUCAAGACCCGCAAAGGCAUGUUCCGCACCGUUGGCCAGCUGUACAAGGAGCAGCUGUCCAAACUCAUGGCCACUCUGAGGAACACCAACCCCAACUUUGUGCGCUGCAUCAUCCCCAACCACGAGAAAAAGGCCGGCAAACUUGACCCACACCUGGUUUUGGAACAGUUGCGAUGCAACGGUGUCCUCGAGGGCAUCCGUAUCUGCAGGCAGGGCUUCCCCAACCGCAUCGUGUUCCAGGAGUUCAGACAGAGAUAUGAAAUCCUGACUCCGAAUGCCAUCCCCAAGGGUUUCAUGGACGGGAAGCAGGCCUGCGUGCGCAUGAUCGAAAGCCUGGAGCUGGAUCCCAACCUGUACCGUAUUGGCCAGAGCAAGGUCUUCUUCCGAGCUGGAGUCCUGGCUCAUCUGGAAGAAGAGCGUGACAUGAAGAUCACCGACAUCAUCAUCAGCUUCCAGGCCUGGUGCCGCGGCUACGUGGCCCGCAGGUCUUUUGCCAAGAAGCAACAGCAGCUCACUGCCAUGAAAGUCAUUCAGAGGAACUGUGCCGCGUAUCUGAAGCUGAGGAACUGGCAAUGGUGGAGACUGUUCACUAAGGUCAAGCCUCUUCUACAAGUCAGCAGACAAGAAGAAGAGAUGCAGGCCAAGGAUGAGGAGCUCACCAAGGUGAAGGAGAGGCACCUGUAUGCUGAGAAGCAGCUUCAAGAGUUUGAGGAAAAGCAUCAACAGCUGAAUGCGGAGAAGAUGGCCCUUCAGGAACAGCUUCAGGCAGAGACGGAGCUCUGCGCUGAAGCUGAGGAGAUGAGAGCUCGCCUUGCCGCCAGGAAGCAGGAGCUGGAGGAAAUCCUUCACGACCUUGAAGCUAGGGUGGAGGAGGAAGAGGAGCGAGCCUCUCACCUAAUUUCAGAGAAGAAGAAGAUGCAGCAGAACAUCACCGACCUGGAGCAGCAACUGGACGAGGAGGAGGCAGCCAGGCAGAAGCUUCAGUUGGAGAAGGUCACAAUGGAGGCCAAGAUGAAGAAGGUUGAAGAGGAUGUCAUGGUCCUUGAUGACCAGAACAACAAACUGAACAAGGAGAAGAAGCUGCUGGAGGAGAGGAUCUCUGAGUUCACCACCAACUUGGCUGAGGAGGAGGAGAAAUCCAAGAGCUUGCAGAAGCUGAAGACCAAACAUGAGGCCAUGAUCACCGACCUGGAGGACCGCCUGCGCAGAGAAGAGAAGCAACGUCAGGAGCUGGAGAAGAACCGACGCAAGCUGGAGGGUGACUUCACUGAGAUCCACGACCAGAUCGCUGAGCUCCAGGCUCAGAUUGCAGAGCUUCGCGCCCAACUGGCCAAGAAGGAGGAGGAACUCCAGGCAGCUCUCGCCAGGAUCGAGGAGGAGGCUGCUCAGAAGAAUCAUGCCCAGAAAAAAAUCCGUGAGCUGGAAGCUCAGCUUUCUGAGCUGCAGGAGGACCUGGAGCUGGAGAGGCAGGCUCGCACCAAGGCUGAGAAGCACCGCAGGGACCUGGGAGAGGAGCUGGAGGCCCUGAAGACUGAGCUGGAGGACACGCUGGACUCCACAGCUGCUCAGCAGGAACUCAGGACUAAACGUGAAACCGAAGUGGCUCAUCUUAAGAAGACUCUGGAUGAUGAAGCGAAACUGCACGAACACCAGCUGGCGGAGAUGAGACAGAAGCACGGCCAGGCCUUCGAUGAGCUGAACGAGCAGCUGGAGCAGGCCAAGCGGAACAAAGUCUCGAUGGAGAAGGCCAAGCAGGCGCUGGAGUCGGAGAGGAACGAGCUCACCAUUGAACUCCAGACGCUGAUGCAGGGCAAAAGUGACUCUGAGCACCGGCGGAAGAAGGCGGAGUCAACGGUGCAGGAGCUGCAGCUCAAGCACUCUGAGAGCGAGCGUCAGCGAGUGGAGCUGGCGGAGAAAGUCGCCAAAAUGCAGGCGGAGCUGGAAAAUGUCACUGGUCUGCUGAGUGAGGUCGAAGGCAAAUCCAUCAAGGCGACAAAAGACUUCUCAGCUGUGGAGUCUCAGCUGCAAGAUGUUCAGGAAGUACUUCAGGAGGAGACACGGCAGAAGCUGUCGAUGGGCACCCGCGUUCGCCAGCUUGAGGAUGAACAAAACAGUCUGAGAGAACAACUGGAGGAAGAAGAAGAGGCCAAGAAGAACGUGGAGAGGCAGCUCCAGAAUGCACAAGCUCAACUGGUGGAGAUGAAAAAGAAGCUGGAGCAGGACGCCGGCAACCUGGAGAGCGCAGAGGAAGGCAAGAAGAGGAUCCUGAGAGACCUGGAGGGGGUCAACCAGCGCCUGGAUGAGAAAUGUUCUGCUUUUGAUAAGCUGGACAAGACCAAGACCCGUCUGCAGCAGGAGCUGGACGACCUGCUGGUGGAUCAGGACCACCUGCGACAGAUCGUCUCCAACCUGGAGAAGAAGCAAAAGAAGUUUGACCAGAUGCUGGCUGAGGAGAAGAACAUCUCUGCUCGCUAUGCGGAGGAGCGGGACCGAGCUGAAGCUGAGGCCCGCGAGAAGGAGACCAGAGCUUUGGCGCUGACCCGAGAGCUGGAGUCUCUGACUGACAUGAAGGAUGAAAUGGAGCGCAACAACAAACUGCUGCGCGCUGAAAUGGAGGACCUGGUGUCGUCCAAGGAUGACGUCGGGAAGAAUGUCCACGAGCUGGAGAAGUCCAAGAGGUCCAUGGAGCAACAGCUGGAGGAGAUGAAGACUCAACUGGAGGAGCUGGAGGACGAGCUCCAGGCCACCGAAGAUGCCAAACUGCGCCUGGAGGUCAACAUGCAGGCCAUGAAGGCUCAAUAUGAAAGGGACCUGGCUGGUCGGGACGAGAUGGGCGAGGAGAAGAAGAGGGCGCUGGUCAAACAGGUGCGCGAGAUGGAAAUGGAACUGGAGGACGAGAGGAAGCAGAGGUCUGCUGCCGUGGCUGCACGCAAGAAGUUUGAGCUGGACCUGAAGGAGCUGGAGAACGGCAUCGACAUGGCCAACAAGAACCGGGAUGAAGCCCUCAAACAGCUGAAGAAACUCCAGGGUCAGAUGAAGGACCUGAUCAGGGAGCUGGACGACACACGCAUUUCCCGGGAGGAGAUCCUGGCCCAGGGCAAGGAGACGGAGAAGAAGUUGAAGGGAAUGGAGGCGGACAUGCUCCAAAUGCAGGAGGAGUUGGCUGCUGCAGAAAGAGCCAAGCGACAGGCCCAACAGGAGAGAGACGAGCUCCAGGAUGAGAUCAGCAACUCAGCCUCCAAGAGUGCUCUGGUGGCAGAAGAGAGGAGGCGGCUGGAGGCUCGCAUCGCUCAGCUGGAGGAGGAGCUGGAGGAGGAGCAGUGCAACACCGAGCUGAUCAACGACCGGCUGAAGAAGUCCAUGCUGCAGACUGACCAGAUGAACGUGGAGCUGACGGCUGAGCGCAGCACCUCGCAGCGCGUGGAAGGCGCCCGCUGUCAGCUGGAGCGCCAGAACAAGGAGCUGAAACUGAAGCUGCAGGAGCUGGAGGGCACCGUCAAGUCCAAGUACAAGGCCAACAUGGCCGCCCUGGAGGCCAAGAUCGCUCAGCUGGAGGAGCAGCUGGACCUGGAGACCAGGGAGCGACAGGGAGCCUCCAAGCUGGUGAGACGCACCGAGAAGAAGCUGAAGGAGGUCAUUCUGCAGGUGGACGACGAGAGGCGCAACGCUGAGCAGUACAAAGAUCAGGUGGACAAGCUCAACUCUCGCAUGAAGCAGCUGAAGCGCCAGCUGGAGGAGGCUGAAGAGGAGGCGCAGAGGGCCAACGCCGUCCGCAGGAAGCUGCAGAGGGAGCUGGAGGACGCCACCGAGUCGGCCGACGCCAUGAACCGCGAGGUGUCCAGCCUCAAGAGCAAGCUCAGACGUGGUGACUUGCCCUUCACCGUGCGCCGCAUCGUCCCCCGCGCCGGGGUGGAGAGCGACGAGGAGGCGGAGCCUAAGAGCGAGACCCCCGAGCCCAAGCCUGAGUAAAGUGCCACUCUGUUGUCCUCAGCUCCGUCACCACGCCAUGGGGCCGAGGACCCGCGACCAUUGACAAUCUAUGCAUCUGAACACAACACACCUGGACGAUCACCACGCUGAGCAAUUCUGGGGCCAAAUUCUUCUGUCGCUUCGUUUUUCACUCUGGGGGACUUAAAAAUACUAUUUUUGUAAGGAUGCAUUCCACUUGUACUCGUCCUGGUGUCGGAUCUAUUUUUCUAAUUGAAGACAUGAGUGAGGACAGAUUUACUGGAAGGGGACCAAAGUAAUAUCUUGAUCUAUAUAUUUGUAUUUUAUGCAGAAGUUUUUAUCAUGGUUAAAAUGGAACGUGUUUAUUACAGCUCUUGCUUGUGCUCACGCCUUUAUAGAGAAGGUUCAUACGCUUUCGUGUAUUUGCUCCGUUAGCUGCAGCGAGGAAUCCACAUUCUUCUGGUGCGACUUUAGUCAGCGACUCGUCGGGAGACUGAAGGAUUUGAUUUUUGAUCUUUGCACUGAAAAGGCAAAUUUGAAAAAAACAUAAAAACAAAGAAACGAAACAUGCAUCUAAACCACUUGAUUCGCCGAAACAUUGAAGCUCCGACUAUUUGGAUGGAGUACUAGUUCACUUGCGCCAUUGAUUUCUUCAGGUUUAUCUCAGUGGUUUUGUUCACAACGAGGCUAAAGUUUGCGGGGGGAGGGGUCCUCACAGCUCAUUGAGGGAAAAGUUUAGCGCCUGAAUCUGUAGUAAACAUACGAGCUUCUUCAGGUCGGGUUGAACAUUCCCCCCCAAAAAAACUGCUCUUGCGACGCUUUUGGCUCACACUGCUGGGAAGUGAGAGGAAUGUAUUGAAAACAAUAAAUAAUUGCUCUCGAUUUGAAAGACAUUCCAAAAGGAAACAUCUCAAUUAUUGUUUUUCUAGGCUGCACUUAUGGAAUGGAAACCAGGUUGUGACCAUGUUGGUAUCUGGUAAUGCAAUUAAAAGCUUUGGAAACGUA